AUGUAUCAUUUACAGAAGCAAUUGAGUGAUUUAAUCCAGGGGUCAAGUGAAGUAGCAGGCUAUUUCACUAAGAUAAAGAGAUUGUGGGAUGAACUGGAUACCUUGAACACUCAUGUCAAGUGCUCAUGUGAGUGCAAUUAUGGAGGAAAAGUCAAAAUGGCCAAGUCACUUCAGGAUGAGAGGUUGAUUAAGUUUCUCAUGGGAUUGAAUGACGCCUAUGCUUCUGUGAAAAAUAGUAUCUUAAUGAUGUUACCCCUUCCAACUGUGGGUCAUGCUUAUUCCCUCUUGAUGCAAGAUGAAAAACAGAGGGAAGUUUAUGUGAACUCUCACUUUCCUGGAGACUCUUCAUCCUUUAUGGCUGCAAAUCAGAAUCAAACAGGUCAAAAGUUUGAAAAUUCUGACUUCAAAGGAAAGAAAAACAACCUGGUUUAUUCCUACUGCAAAAAAUCUGGGCAUUUAGUGGAUAAGUGCUACAAGAUCAUUGGUUUUCCAGCAAAUUUCAAAUUCACCAAGCCGAGGAAGUUUCAGGGACCUGCUAAAAGCAAUGCAACAUACUCAGUAAGUGGAACAGAGGAACAAAAUGCUAUUGAAGCAGUGAAUGUUAACAACCAGCUCACACAGGAACAUGUUUCUCAACUUGUUCAAUUGCUUCAGCAGGUGAAGGGUGCACAACUAGUGUGUUCAAAUCCAGAUGUCAGUGCUAAUGUUGCCAAUUAA